AUAUUUAAGUCCGCUUAAUAAGGUUCAUCAUCAAUAGACUUCAUCGAUUAAUGGACUGGCCCGAGUCGCGUAACUUUUACUGAUUUUUGACAAUACAAUCCUUACUUGAGCAUAAAGGCCAUGUUUGACCGCUGUAACAAUACCUAACUGCGUGACGCUGAGCUGGCGCAGUAUUUGUGUGAAAGCAUUUGCAACCUGCGACCAAACGGAUUGCCGCCGGCGGUUGAACAAUCCCGCCGGCGGCAGUGGGCACGCAAAGCUAUUUUUUCUUACACGUAUAAGCGUCAGGAAAAGUUGAACUGGAGGAUGCUGCCGUGCAUGUAUGGCGUACGGCGGCAGUUCGCCCUCCUGAUGGCCAUGCUCAGCAUUUACCCGGCAGCAACGUCAGUCGACAACAUAUACACCGCAGCGUCUCGUGUGCUUCAUCCUGGCAGCGGGCGUCUACGCGGCGAAGCAGUGAGCACUCGGACCCUGCUGCAAGGCGAGCACAGCUGUCCUCUCCCGGAGGUGGACAUGACUAAGGACCGUUACCAGUGCGUCGUCUGGAAGAAGGCCUGCGUCGACCAAAACGUCAUCGUGUCGUACGAUCCUGAAGUACACCCCACCACCUCUAUGGGCACGUUGCCUACGCUCAACGUGACGGAAAUCAUGUACAACAUACCCUCCAGGUACGGCAUUGGAGACCGGUACCGCAAGGGCUCAGCGCUACGGUUCCCGGCGCUGUACGUCCGGCCGAGUAACGACAUGGAAGAGGAGGAGGAGCUCAGGAAACCUUCCUUCUCCAACUGCACUCUGCCGAUGCUGCUGUACGCGCACUACCCCUACAACGCCGCUGAGACGUAUCGCUACAUCUUUGAGAAGCUGGUGACGCUGCAGGAGGCGGGUUUCUUCAACCGCUACGUGACUUUGGUUCCCGGGGUGCCGCCGGGCAGCAAAGUGCCUUCGUACACCAAGUUUUGGUACAACUCGCUGUCAGAUCGCGGCGUUGUCUCGCUUUCAGAGCUAUCUUCCCGCCGGCCGACGGACACACCGCCAAACACAACCUGGGAGGGCACCCACGUGCGCUGCUUCGAGCAAAUCGUAGGGUGUCGUAUUCGGUACGACGGGUACGGCUUGCGGUUCUACAACGCCGGCCAGUACGUCGUCAGGCACUACAUGCCGCAUUACUUGGCGCAGGCAGCUUCGUUUGAGCAGCGCCUGUUCGAGUUGCAGCAGGUUCGUAUUCCGGAUGAUCCUUCCAUUUUGAAGAUCGUCUUCAUCAGUCGCACACCACAUCAGUCCGCGGUGGGGCGCACCAUCCUGAAUGAGGCCGAGAUCAUCCAGCGCUGCAACAACGCCGAGGGAGCUGACGUGCCGCAGGCCGACUGGAACGUGCCGUACCAAAAGUACUUUUGCUUUGCGCACGUGUUUGGCGACAACCAGCUGAUGGACGUGUGGCUGAUGCGGCAAGUAGACGUCAUCCUGGGGAUGCACGGCGCUGGUCUGACCAACUCGUUUUACAUGAAGCCCGGCGGAUCGGUGAUCGAGGUGCGGCCCUUUGGCUUCAGCGGAAGGGAGUCCUGGGCCAACCGCUACGCGCGGUUUAAGACCAGCAGCCUGCGGGAGAUGCCAUGGAACGUGUUUUGGUACGGCAUCGACACUUUCAACGCGUCGCUGUCGGAGCCAGGAAUCUUCGAGAAGGAGGACAAGCUGCACUAUUCCAAAUUUCGGGCCAUUAAGGCGCGCGAUCGCCACGUACAUCUCACCUGGCCGGCAUUCCGAAACCAGCUACUCAACAUCGCCGCUGUGGCGCGCACUUUUGAACGCUACUUCGCGCUUCGUCUCUGCGGCGCAUACUACAUCACAGAUGACGUGCAGCCGGCCGAACUCCCUGGAAACGAUCCACACGUGGAUAAGGCUCGCCAGCGCACUUUCAGCGAUCCAGAUGCGGAGCGGCGACUGAUCCUGAAGAUGCAUCUGUCCAACAGAAAUCUCCAGCAGGCUGCAACGCCGGAUCGUUUGGGGCCUAAGACGUAAGUAUUCGCAGACCGAUCAGCCGCCGAUGAAGGUCAUCGCGGACGAGCUGCCUUAAAAGCUUAGGCGGCCAAAGGGGCGGAAAUGGUUACGGGACGUGUCUAAUUUUGGAGUGAUGUGCAAAGAUUAAAUGGACAAGUGCCUACGUACAAAGCAAUAAUCCUUAAAGGGCUCUAUUUACUGCUGGUUAUUAUUUACUGCUGGAGCGGUCCGGUAUGAAGAGGCUGAGGGUGUGUCGCUGGGGCUCGGGACACGGGCCCUGCCCCGGUGAGUUGAAGGAUGGCCAGUCUUGAGUUGCCUCGGAACUGGGUGGCUUAGGGCCGGUGAAGAGUGGUGCCACGUCUCAUAUAUUGCGCGUGUUCCGGCUUUCAAAACGCUAUUCUUUGAUACAACGGAUGAAGUUUUCGGACGUACAGCUGCAUGGUGGAAAUGCUUAUGAGGUGGUUGGCUUACGGCCGCGCGCGAAUGAACCGAACAUACAUUAUGUGCCAAGCAAUGCGGCGGAUGGCAUAGGGCGUGCGGACGGGCGGGCCGGCGCGGGCGAAGCGGACUUGCGCGUGAUUAUACUGCGACAAACUUGAUACAUCACGAAUAAGUACAACGCAUAGUUAUGCGCACGAAAACUGCAACUGUUGUAUGGUAGGUGUUACUUGAACGAUGCAAGCCUGUCGUAGGUGCACGGUCUGCAGCUGCAGCUGUGUCUUUGUAUUUACGGAGCGCCGGCCAGGGGGGUCUGACAGGAACGACUUCACGUUUCGCAUAGUCUUGAUGAUUUAGUUGGUCUAGCGACUGGGGGGCUUCCCAGUAUUCCAGGUCGAACGUCGCGGCAUCACACGACGUUUGCCAGGUCACUGACGAGUGAUCUUCCCCCAGCUUUCUAACGUUACUCUGUGGAUUGAGGAAUGAGGCGUGUCUCAGCUGCCUUGCCGGGAGGCUCAGUUGUGACUUGGAAAGGCGGUGAGUAGGGGUUGAUGCAUUUCCUUGGCUGGCUGUGGCCCUGCGCAGGUACACCGGCGGUCCCUCACCCUUUACUUGCGUGUGCUGUGCUGUCCGGUAUGGUUGCCUGGUUCCAGCUUGCAAUCGCGUGCAUCAUUCGGGUUUUGCUAGUUAUCCCUGGGAUGGUGUGGUGGUACACUGCACACUGGCAUUGGUUCACGACAUUAGGGACGUCGUGGGUAGUGGGAGCUGUGUGGAGGCUGCAACUCCCAAGAAUGCGUUUUAGUCGCCUCUCUGGCGCAAGCAACAUUUAUGUUAACAGUGUCACGUGUAGACGAACACGACUGCUCAUUUUGCGGAGUGAGGACAAGGUAUGAUGAACGAGUUCCACCACGGCGUCUCUACCAGUGCUUUGAUUUAUUUGGGAUUUCUUCAAUGCGACGUUGCUCCUCCUCCUCCUCCUCAAGCCAUUUCAUCCUACGAGGAGAAUCCUGUGCGUGCCGAUAUGAGCCCAAUGCCGGGGGCUCCGAAAACGUGAGCGCCCUCGCGCGAAUCCUACAAAACGGAGUUACGUGGGACAGUCGACAAGGUCAUUAAGGGUGUUGCACCCAUACUAGCCGGACGGGGUGCAUGGUCCCUGCGGAGUUUUAUGUCUUCGGUGUUUAUUGGCACGCCGCUAG